AGAUAACGCAAUAGAGAGUCCUGAUGAGAUGAUACCACAAGCGCGAUAGUGUCCUGAUGAGAUGAUACGAUAACGAUUGGGUUCCUUAAUCACGAUGGUAAACCCAACCAAAAUUUUCUUUGGAAGAAAGAAAGUCAAUGGGAAAUUUCUUAUUGGCCAAGCCACUCGUGAUUCUAUAAAUAAGCCGAGAGGGCUUUUGUUUGGAUCGAAAAAGCUUUUGCGAGAAGGAAUUGCGGAGAGAAACUUAGGGAGGAAGAAAAAGGGGAAACCAUCAAAACCUCAAAAGAUCGUUUCGUGUAGAGUUUUCUCCGAAUUAAUCGUUUGGGAGACUUUGAAUUGUUGAUCUUAUUGUGGGUUAGGGUUUUUUUUUUGUAAUUUUUUCUCGUUUAGGGAUUAAAAAUUUUGUAAUCUAUUCUCGUUGGCCGAAAUUCAUCUCCUUAUUCGACGUCGACGGAAUGGAAUCCAAUCUCGUUAUCAAGGUUAAGUAUGGAGAUACUCUAAGGCGUUUUAAUGCUCGAAUUGAUGAUGCUGAACAGCUGGAUCUUAAUAUGGCUGGACUGAGGGCCAAAAUUAUUGGGCUUUUCAAUUUUCCUGCUGAUGCUGAACUUACUCUUACAUAUAUUGAUGAAGAUGGGGAUGUUGUUACUCUUGUUGAUGAUGAUGAUCUGCGUGAUGUGAUGAGGCAACGUCUUAAGUUCUUGAGGAUUGAUGUGAAGCUGAAUAAUGAUAAGUUUGGUAAACUUUAUACUGGAUCAAGCGGAAGUUCUACUCCCUUAAGAUCCCCAUCUGUACAGCCUCCGUUGGCAAGCUUUAAUACUGGAGCUGCUGAUGUAUUGAAAUCUGUGCCAGAGCCUCUACAUGAUGCUUUAAGUGAAGUUUUCUCAAAGCUGUCCUUUGAUGUUACUUCGAAAGCUGCAUCUGCUAGUCCGGUGCUAGGUGAUCUUGUGGAGUGCUUGUCUAAGAUGGGUCAAUCCUAUCUGAGUCCUGUUUCCCAGUCUGGAGCUGGUGUUAAUACAAACAUACCUGUUCGAACUUCUGAGAGCCCUAGUGCCCCAUCUGCCCCAACUGAUCCCAAUCCUUCAAAGGGUGCUGGCUUACGAGCAGUUUUGCCAAAAUGUACAGCUGAUGACUCAAGUUGCGAGGCUAGCAAGGAAGCCAACAAUGGAAAUGCAACGAGAGGUGUAAAUGUGCCUGCUGCUGUUGAUUUGAAUGUUGAUCCUCCUGCUGAUGUCAACCUGACUGGAUGUGCUACCAUGACCUCUGGAUCAUCUGCGUCAAACGUUUUUGCUUGUAAUGACAAGAAAAACACAAAGGAGAGCAAUAGUCAUAACAAGGGGAAGAGUGUUAGCUUGGAUACAUCAACUCCCCUUGUUGAUACAAGGAAAUAUUAUCCUAUCAGUGGGAUGGGUCCUUCAAAUGAAUGUCCCUUCAGUGGAGUGCCAGUAGCAAACGACCCUGUUGUGCCUCCUUUUUUAUACCAUCCCUUUAGUCCAAGUAAAAGGAGUUCCACUCAUGAAAAUCCCAUGUUUGGUACAUUCCACAAGGGAAUUCAAUGUGAUGGUUGUGGGGUUCUUCCCAUUACUGGACCUCGGUUCAAGUCCAAAGUAACAGACGAUUAUGAUCUCUGCAGCAUCUGCUUUUCCAAAAUGGGAAAUGAAGCUGAUUACAUCCGAAUGGACAGACCUAUGCAUUACCGGCAUCCACGGUGUUUCAGGGCAUCAAAUGAUCAUAUUUCAAGGGCUGGUGGGCCAGCACUCCUGCAUAUCUUGAGGAAUCGUGCAAUGAAGUCAGCUCGGCCUAAGGUAGACAGUCGCUUCAUCUUGGAUGUCAAUGUACUGGAUGGGACUGUAAUGGCUCCAUUUACGCCAUUUACAAAGAUCUGGAGGAUGCGCAAUAAUGGUACUUUGCCCUGGUGUGGCAGAAUGCAACUUGUCUGGAUUGGGGGAGACAAGUUCAGUGAUGCAACCUCAGUUGAGAUAGAGAUUCCUGCUGAUGGUAUACCUGUUGAUGGGGAACUUGAUAUUGCCGUUGAUUUUACUGCACCACAGUUGCCUGGUCGAUAUGUUUCUUACUGGAGGAUGGCAUCUCAAACUGGCAUGAAGUUUGGGCAACGUGUUUGGGUUCUCAUUCAUGUUGAUGCUUCCAUUAAGGAAUCUAUUAGUGAUAACUUCCAGGGCUUGAACUUAAAUUUGCCCCCUGAAAGCAGUGGCCUCAGAGACUCUGAGAUUGUAGAUAUGAAUGUUGAUCUCGUUACAGAGCUUUGCAACUCUAAUGCAGGCACUGAGCCUCUGGAGCCCAUGGUUAAUGACCAGCCAGCAAAGGAGCAUACAGUAAACAAUAGUUUGCUGCUUGACAGUGAUGUCCCAAUGCCUGUUCCUAAAUCUUCAUCUGUGACUUAUCCCAUCAUUGACCAAGGUGUCUUUGUCCCUGUUCACCGGCCGCAUACAUUAUCUUCACCUGCAGCAUAUCCCAACAUUGACCAAGGUGUCUCAUCUCCUGCUUUUCCGCACAUUCCGUCUCCGUCUGUGUCUUAUCCCAUCAUUGAUCUCUUAGAAGCAGCUCCUGCUGGACCCUUUCAAGCACCACCCCCUGCAAUAUGUGUACAAGCACCAUCUCCUGCUAGACCCUCUCAAGCACCAGCCCCUGCAAUAUGUGUACAAGCACCAUCUCCUGCUGGACCCUCUCAAGCACCAGCCCCAGCAAUAUGUGUGCAAGCACCAUCUCCUGCUGGAUCCUCUCAGGCACCAGCCCCAGCAAUAUGUGUACAAGCACCAUCCCCUGCAAUAAGUGUACAAGCACCAUCCCCUGCAAUAAGUGUACAAGCACAAUAUCAGGAGGACAUUGAAAAUGAGUCUGUUGAGCAGACUCUACUUAAGGAACUUGAAGAGAUGGGAUUCAAGCAGGUUGAUUUGAACAAGGAGAUCCUGAGGAUGAAUGAAUAUGAUCUGGAGAAGUCUGUUGACGAUCUUUGUGGGGUAGCUGAGUGGGAUCCAAUCCUUGAGGAGCUGCAGGAAAUGGGUUUCUGUGAUGCGGAAAUGAACAAGAAGCUGCUGAAGAAGAACAAUGGGAGCAUCAAGGGAGUUGUCAUGGAUCUCCUCACUGGUGAAAGGGCUUAAGUGAAGGAUAAUGUUCCUUUCUUAGGGAUAUGCUAUACAUAAAUAAAAUCAACAGUGCUCCCAAACCAUCUCAAGUAGCUGCUUUUAGUUUUCCAGGGGUGUUUAAGUUCUGUAGCAUAUAGGCCCAGAGGGGCUGUUAACAUUUUGCUAUUAUUGUCUGAAACUUAUAAUUAUCUUUAUCCUAUAAAUAUUUUACACCCCUCUUUCUUGAAAAAAGAAAAAAAAAUGGUUCAUUCCUAGCAAUCUUUAGAAUUUAAAACAAUAUUAAAUUCAGAGUAUUCAGUGCAUAAUUAUA